AUGAAACGGUUACGAAAGGCACUCACCGUGAAGAAUGAGCUGCUCAGAGAGUGCAUGGCGGAGUUUCUCGGCACCUUCGUUUUACUGAUGUUUGGCUGCGCGGCAGCUGCCCAGGUGAAGACCAGUCGUGACACCAAGGGUCAGUUCCUGUCUGCCAACAUGGCCUUCUCCGUGGGAGUCAUGGCAGCCAUGUACCUUUCCAAAGGGAUCUCAGGAGCUCACCUGAACCCUGCGGUGUCUCUGAGUUUCUGUGUGCUGGGUCAAGUCCCCUGGAGGAAGCUACUGCCAUACUCUCUUGCCCAGCUACUGGGGGCCUACCUGGCCUGCUGGGUCGUCUAUUGGGUCUACUAUGACGCCAUAAUGGCGUUCAGUGGGGGUGUCCUGACCGUGACCGGGCCCAAUGAAACUGCCUCCAUUUUUGCCACUUACCCCAGCGACUUCCUCUCCCUGCAGAGAAGCUUCUUGGACCAGGUGGUGGGGACAGCAAUGCUCAUGGUGUCCAUCCUGCCUCUGGGCGAGGAGAGGAACAUCUCUGUCCCUCCCGGUCUCAUCCCGCCCGUUGUGGCCGGCAUCGUCCUGGGGAUCAGCAUGGGCAUGUCGUCCAACUGCGGCGCGGCCAUAAACCCUGCCCGUGACCUGGGCCCCCGGCUCUUCACGCUGUCCGCAGGCUGGGGGACUGAGGUGUUCAGCUGUUAUAAUUAUUGGUUCUGGGUGCCUCUGGUGGCUCCCAUGAUUGGAGGAGUGCUGGGGUCUGUUAUUUACGUCCUCUUCAUCGACUGGCACCUGCCUGAGACAGAGGCCUGUGAGGCCACAGGUGAUCCAGCAGACACUGACCUGAAGCCCUGGAAGAUCCCAUACCCCGAGGAACUCAAGGGCAAGUCUGAAUCGUAUGUCACGAAAGAAGUGAAGCUAUAG